AUGCGCUUCACACGACUGCAUGCGGCGUACCAUGUCCCCAACAUUGAAAUAGACCUAAUAGGCAUGAAUGACUGGGCACAGCGCGCGACGGCCAGUGUCGCAUUGCGCGCCAUGCAAAGCCCGGAAGAUGGAAAUGUGCUGCGGCCGUACCACAAGGAGCGCGAUGAUCUGACAUUCAUCGCGACUGCGCCGAUGCUGAACACGUCUUUCAUGUCGAAUGGCAGCAAUAGCGGCGCUUAUGCGGGCGCACCCGACGGUCUGGCAUCCUAUUCACGCCCGACGAACCGCUACAUUUCCGCCGACGCGGAUGCGGCGCUUCUUGACAGCACGGACCACAUGAGCACGGGAAAUUUUCUGAAAGGCAUUGCGCUUAGCGGUGCGCUACAGUUCACGAGCAUAUGCAUUGCGAUGCCGUUCGAAGUCGGCAAGCUGCUGCUCCAAGUCCAGUGGGUGCCGCGCCAGGAAGUAUGGGAGCGUAUAUGCGAAGGCGGAAGACAAGGCGAAGUGGACGAUGCAGAGUCGGAGGCUGCGAAUGUAUGGGAUGAGGACGAAGGAGACGAGCAAGGUCCCGAAAAGUACUUUCGCAAUAUCGUUGUGCCGGACCGUGCAGCAGAGCCAAAAGUGCCUACGCGCGCGACGGACGAGAAAGGCUACGUAGUCCCACGCGGUAUGCAGGACCGCAGCGCACGUCCCGAGUACUUUAUGCCCCUCGUCGUCAAAGGAGGCGUGUGGGAAAUGAUCAAGACGAUUACACGCAGCAAAGAGGGCUGGAUGGCGCUCUGGAAAGGCGCCAUCACCACGUUUGCCCUCGAUACAUGCACCAAUAUCGUCCAGCCGAUUGUGAACGGCUUCUUUUCGCUGUUUGCCCCGACUGCAAUGAAUCCGAUGCCGAUCGCCUUUUCCCCACAGCCGCUCACGACGCUGUCGCUACAGCUCGUAUCCCAUGCGAUUACGGGCGUGGUUGUGUCGCCGAUGGACCUUGUGCGCACGCGCAUUAUUGCGCAGACGACGCUGCCGAUUCACCGCAAGUACAAGGGCCCGAUUCACGCGCUGCGCACGAUCCUGCGCGAGGAAGGCGGGUGGUGCACGACCUACCUCUAUCCACUCCUCCUCGUUCCCACGAUUUUGGACUACUUUUUUCGCACGCUUCUCUCGCUCGGCUCGCCACUGCUUCUGGAGAAUGUGCUGCAUCUCGAUCCUACCAGUGUCCCGGUUACCUACGCCCUUGCGGAGCUCGCCCUGUCCACUCUUGCACUCGGUGUUACUCUGCCGAUCGAGACGGUGCGUCGGCGCUUGCAGCUGCAGUCCCACGAGCCCUUGCGGCCGAGCAGGCCGGGCGGUCUGUUGCCUGUGCAGAAUACCAAUACUGCGCGCCGUGGACUGCGCACCUGUGUAGAGACACGGCCUGUCCCGUACUCGGGCGUGACGGAAGCGCUGUACCGUAUCGUGGUGGAAGAAACAAGUAUUCCGCAAGGCAAGGACGAGGCUGGAUUCUUUCACUUCAAUUUUGGCGGUCUACGCAACUUGUACCGCGGCUUCGGCAUGGGCUUCACGGCGAAUAUGCUCGUGUUUGUCCUAACCCUGGUCACGGGUGAGCGCGAGCCGGCGACGGGAUGGACAGAGAUGUAG